UGCAGACAGACACAGAUGGCAACGAGUGAAUACGGUAAAAAGCAGCAGGGGUGGUAUCGAUGGUUGGCUAGCCUUCUAUUGCGACAUUAUAGCUAGCCGCAGAUAGAUUGUACAUGUAAAUGGUUUACUGAUUUUUCAGAUUUAUAUGGUUGCUUCCUAAAUUCAUAGUUUUGAAGGAAAUUGUUGAGCUCACCUGAAUCAUCGUUUUAUUUAUAAUUAUAAUUCCCUUGUUGCACACACCAACUAUGUCGUAAGUGAAAUUAUAAAUCGACCAACUAGCGUUCACUUUCCCACCACACCACAUCCGAUUUUGGAAAAUGUUUUGAUGGUGGACGUCAGAAUGAUUUUUGUAUUUUUUUUAUUUCCGAGGCUUUCUCUGUCAUUUCUCUGAAGUGAAUGUCAGCAACAGGUGUCUUGUAGAGUUAUAGCCAGUUAGUGAUUAAUUCUUACAGCAGGUUACUAACGUUAGCUAGCUAAUGCUAACUCUAGCAGUUGGAUGAGUACAAUAGCUAGCCCAGUGUCGUUAGCGUGUUCACAUGCGAACAAAGCAGUCUUUAUCCAAAACGGCUUGCUAAUAUUUACUUUGUAGCUAGCUACCUAGCACUACGUAAAUAGUUUUUACAGCGACCACGUUUUCUAGCCUAGCAUUGCUAGCUAGCCAGCAAAAUGGGUUAGUUUGCGGUUAUGGUGUUGACCAAACAGUUACUCUGUCAUAGCCAGACACCCCAGUUGAACUGCAAGUCUCUACUGAACAGUUUAUUCAGCUUGCUUGUUAUUGGAGCAUUCCUGCAAUUCAAUUCCUCUGGCUGGACAAGGUGGUCGCUGGGAUCUCCUAAAGUCAUGCCAUGGUGCUACGAAAAUUACUGAGAAAACGUUGGGUGCUAGGUGUGGUGUUUGGACUUUCUUUGAUCUACUUCUUAACCAACACCCUGAAACAGGAGGAGAGAACCCUAAGGGAUCGCACCCUGUUGGAGGCCAGGGACCCGGACCACCGGAUCCCAUGGAAGGUCAGGUUUAACCUGGGCAACAGUAGCAGGCCGAUCACUCAGUGCCGGAACUCCAUUCAGGGCAAGACGCUGCUCACAGAUGAACUGGGUUAUGUGUGUGAGAGGAAGGAUCUGCUGGUGAACGGUUGCUGUAAUGUCAACGCUCUGAGCUCCAGACGGUACAUCUGUAAAAGUUGUCUGGCCAACGGCUGCUGUAACAUCUACGAGUACUGUGUGUCCUGCUGCCUCCAGCCUGAUAAGCAACGUCUACUAGAGCAUUUCCUGAACAGAGCUGCAGACGGCUUUCAGAACCUCUUCACCGCCGUGGAGGACCACUUUGAGCUGUGUUUAGCUAAGUGUCGGACUUCAUCGCAGAGUGUCCAACAUGAAAAUACCUACAGAAAUCCACAAGCAAAAUACUGUUAUGGAGAAAAUCCACCUGAACUCCGGCCUAUUUGAUUGUUCGAUCCUCUGGGACCUAUGAGACUGUAAAGAAACUAAUAAUAGUCCAACUAAGAGCCAAGGGACACACCUUGAUGCUCCUUGAGAAGACAGGCUUCAUCUUGUGCCCCAUACUGGCCUUGAACAGUCUGAUACCAUACAGUGCCUUCAAGAACACCAGAGCAAUAUACUGUAUAGAGGGAGUUUGGCAAACUUUGACUGACAAUAACGGACACCAUGUUGAACCUUUUGAAGUAAUAAUGUGAGUAAUCGUCUCUACAUAUGGCUCUGAAGAACACUAUCGUAACCUCACAACUAUGGACAAAUACUUUGUGAUUUUUCUAUAUUAUUUACACUUCAUAAGUGCAUAGCUUCAUAACUUCAUCAGUGAUGAUCAUCAGGUCUCAUUCACUCACCAGUUGGGAUUCGCCUCAUGCUGCCCAUUGUUUAACAUCAUGGGCGUGUUCAUUAGGGCAUGCAACUGAAAGUGUUUUAAAACGUUUCGCAACAUAACUAAAAUGUGGGUUUCUUAUUGGUUAAGUCCCUCCCUGUUUAAGUUGUUUUCUUCCAUUUGGUGCUAAAUGAACAUGACCCAUGUUAUAAAGGUUUUUAUUUCAAGCCUGAUCAAUGUACUGAAGGAUGGUAUUGGUUAAGUCUUCAUUGUUGAGAAACAUACUACAAAGAAUGUGUCAUCACUUGUGUGUAGUUGUGCAUGCAUAUUGACUGAUGGCUAUUUAAUAACGUGACUGAAAGUAAUCGGCUCACGGUUUACGUUGCAAUGUCUAUUUUUCAGAUCCUUUCAGAAUAAUUAUCAGUAUUGCAUUUUGUAUAGAAAUUGUAUCUAUUUUACACUAUGAAAGAAUUCUAUAUUAUGAUGACUAAAGACCCUAUAGUUUAUCUGGGGUCAGAGAGCUGUAUCAACAUGUAGAAUUGGCAUAUUUUGAUUGAAUAUAUGACAAAAUAACUUUUUCAACAUUGUUUUUUUUCAUUGUCAAUAUACAUUUUCUUUCUGCUGUG